UAUUUCCAUCGAAUAUUUGUAGUAAUUUAACUAAAAAUUGUAUAAUAUUUAGAGCAAUUUGAACUUAGGAUUAGUCACUUCCGGUGAUAAAGAAUAUCGCGUUGAAUUCUGCCUACGUCACGAACGCUUCGUUGAGACUGCAAGAAACGAGCGGUUGGCGGUUAGUCAGCACGACGACACGCAUCUGGUAGUAAGUGUGUAUUCCGCGUCAGGAACUUGUACUUUGCACAAUGGCUUCGUAUUCAGAGGAUCAGCUGGCCGAAUUCCAAGAGGCUUUCCAGCUUUUUGACAGCCGCGGGGAUGGAAAAAUUCACAUCGCUCAAAUUGGCGACGCCCUGAGAGCUUUGGGUCAAAAUCCGACUGAAUCGGACGUCAAAAAGUUCACUCACCAGCAUAAGCCUGAUGAGAGAAUUAGCUUUGAGGUAUUCUUGCCCAUUUAUCAGGCCAUUAGUAAGUCUCGUACCUCCGAUACUGCUGAUGACUUCAUCGAGGGCUUGAGACACUUCGAUAAAGAUGGAAAUGGUUACAUCUCAUCCGCUGAACUCAGGCAUCUGCUAACCACACUUGGAGAGAAACUCAGCGACGAAGAAGUUGAGACCCUGUUAGCUGGCCAUGAGGAUUCACAAGGAAACAUUAAUUAUGAAGACUUCGUUCGUCAAAUCAUGUGCGGCUGAAUGCACUAUAUUUUUAUGCAGUAAUUACUUACCCAUUUUUGAUUAGUUUCGUAUUGUUUCCAAAAGUAUUUAAAAUGAAAUAAUAUCUUUGAUUUUUAUUUAUGUGUUAUAUUCGAAGCAGAUACAAAUGUUGCAAUAACGAUUUAUAGAUAUCAUUUAUCGGUUGCUAUUGUAUCAUAAGUAAAAUGAACUUUUUUAUAUUAUAUAAAAAACAAAAACAAAAAAAAACAAAAAAAACAAAUAAGAAAGAAAAUCAUUUCAAUUAUUUGACUAGUAACCUAGCUAAUAAAGUAUG